GCUAUAAAGCAUCCGAGCUUUGCAUCCUGUGGACCAGCGAGUAGCUCUGAGAGGCUCCAGUGUUUGAUUCCCAGACUCCAGGCACCAUGGGCGAGGUCCCGUUCUUCAGGGUGCACACGGCCUUGCACCCGGACCACCUGUGGAUCUGGGCAAAGUCUGUGUAUGUGGACGAGAACCAGCGCACCUGGCUGCCCAUAAUCACCGAGACAGAAAGCGGCCGGCAAGUACUCAUGCGUCAGGAAGAUGUCCCCCUGAUGGAGGCUCUGUGCCCCAGCCAGCUGACCCCGUACCCACUGCCCCUCAUGUGGCAGCUCUACCCCGGCAGAAGGUACCGAGGCUCAGACUCCAGUUUCUGGCGCAUAGUGUACCACAUCAAGUUCAGCGGCAUGGAGGACAUGCUUCUGGAGCAGCUGCCGGACCCGGAGGAUGAGUGACCGGGUCCUGCAGCUCCAUCGCCUCCCGCCCCCCGCCCCCCGCACACCGAGCCUGCGGCAGGGAUGUUCGCCUUCAUGUACCAACCCUGUGUGUUCUGCUCUGCCACACCUGGGGUCCAGAGGGCACGGAUGGGCAGAGGAUGAGCCUUCCUGGGACCUGCUCGACCUCCCUGCAGCGCCCCCUCCCCCGCUGCCCCCCCAUCCCUGUGCCUCCAGCUGCCUAGUCCCCAGCCUCUCUCUCUGUUCUGUCCCUCCCAGCACCCAGUGUCCUGUCCUGCACGCCCAGGGCUGCUUCCCAUUCUGUCCCCUCAGCUCUGUACCCUUCUGGCUGCAGGGGCCGGGCCUGCUCCCCUGAGCCUGGCCUAUAAAAGCGCCCCCUGUCGAGCGGCCUUGGAGACAGUCACCAGGACUGAGCUCAGGACUUAGAAGCCUGCUGGUCAGCAGUCCCCAGCCCGGGACAUGGCAGAAGGCCAGGCCAGGGAGUGCUGUGGCCCGGCCCUCAGGUUGCCCACCUGUAGGGGAAUAGAAGUUGGAGGGCCCCCGUGCUACAGGUGCCUGCAGACCUGGAAGUUAUGAAGUUGUAUGUAGUCUGAACGCUUUGUAAUGUUGAUUGAUUAAAUGUAAGACGAUUCAUCUA